UCGAAAAGUGGCAGAAUACCCGCUUAGUGGCUCUCGUCAUCAAAAUUCGCUGUAUGUAUAUUCACUCAGUUUGGUGUGUUAUUCAUUCAGAGUAAUCAAUGUUUUAAACAUUUAAGGGAUUGUUUGAUCGAAUCACAGAAAAUCAACUGUGGAAAUUUCUUUUAAAUAUCAAACAACAUUCUGAACUAGUUAAACGUUCCAAACCGAAAUUGUGUGCAAAGUUCCAUCAAAGUCAAAUAAAUUCAAAGGCAAACACGGUGUUUAGUUCGCAAAAUUUUGCCCACAUUUUUUUUUUCGUUUGCUGCUGCUGCUACUGGUGCUGGUGGUGGUGGUGGUGGUGGUGGUACACUGUGAGGCUUUUUGUGUGUGUCGAUUCUCGUUUUCGCUCCUAAAUAUCAUCGAGUGCAGUGUGCGAGUACAAGCAUAUACGGGAACACCGAGCACAGUACAUAAACAUGGUUCAGUGUGCAGAAAUUUUGUUGGAUAAUUUACAGCACAGAGUGGAAUAGUGUGUUGAGAGCAUACAAAAACAAUUGCCACAUAUCAAUAUGGUGAAUAUCUGUGCUGAGUACAAGCAAAAAACGUUACAAGUGCUACCAAAAAUAACCAAUCAAAUUGCCUCCGAAACCGAAAACUUUUUUUAAACAGUGAUCAUGACGCCAACGACACCGACGACGACGAUGACAAAACAGUAAUAGCAUUGUAGCUACAACGGAGACAGAAUUCCAGCCAAAGAAGCAGAAAAAAAAAUCACUCAAAACCGCAACAGCAAAAAAAGCAAUAUACGAUUUUCGUUGAGUAUAAUCAAUUGGUUGCUAAAUUAUCAAAGGCCAUAGCGAAACAAAAGGGCGAAAUACAACACACGAACGAACCAAAAGACAGCCGAGAGAAGAAGAAAAAAAACACCGAACGUUCCACCUCUAAAGUGUAUAUACCGAAACCCGAAUCACAAACACAGUUGUAAGUUUUGCAAGCUCAGUGUUUCUUUUGCCGUGAACAUCUACAUCUAUCGUAUGCCUAAAUGAAAACGACUGUAUUUAGUGCCCUUUUCGUACCCGUUUGAAGCGAAAAAUUCAUUCAAAACCAAACUAACCUUAACGGAAACACACAGUGAACAGAGUAUCAUAUAAAGAAACUACAAUGAUUAUGGAAACAAUGAUGCCAGCAAAAAAAUAGGACACCCAAAGUAGCAUAAAAAAAAACAAACAAAAAAACACACACACACACACAUAGCCCCAAAACGGCGAAACAAGAAAAAAAAGAGAGCCAAAUGCAUUUAUUUUGAACCACAGCAGGCACAAGUACAAGCACAAAUACAAGCACUGGCAACGGGGCAACACCGAAAAUGCUCUAUAUGUAUUGCGUGAAAACGUAAAUAAAUUGAUAACAAAAACGCGAUUACACGGACCGAAAAACCGGGGAAAAAACAGAGUAAAAGAGCCGAAAAGGAAAACAUAAAAACAAAACGAACGAACAGGAAAAAUCGUCCUAUCGAUUUAAUUUCUGUUUAUGCUUUUGGCUGACUCUGAAAUUUUCGUUUAAUCAGCAAAUAUGAAAUGAUGCAAAAUAUUAAAAUGUAAAUGUAAAUGUAAAUGGUUUCAAAAACAGUUUGAAAAAAAGCCCACAAACAUACAUACAUACAACAACAACAACAGAGCAAAAAAAAUAAAACGAAAACAGUCGAAAAACGCUGAACGACAACAUACACACACAAAGAAUUUACAGAAGGAAAAAAAAACUCUCAAGUGAACACAGAAAAAAGCCCAAAAACGAAAAAAAAACAUGCAUGAAAAUUGAAAUAAAACAAUAAAAGCGGGACGAAUAACAAGCCAUUGCAUAUUGUAUUUAUUGCUCGAAAACGGCUUAAAAGUGAUUGAAGAGUAAAAGAGGGAAUUUAAACACAUCAAAAUAUAUUUAUUGUUUUCUGUUUCUUUGAAUUUUCCGGACUGAAAAGCGAGAGUGCGUGCACGCCGCACACACGCUCUUUAUAAUUCUGACAAACAAAUACUAAGCACAAAAGAUUACCAUAGAAGUAGCAUUCGAUUCUCUCGUUUGCUUCCGCGCUCGCUCAUCCAUUCGUUCGUUCUUUUGCUCAUUUUGCUUGGCGCGCUUUUAUAUAUUGAUAAUAAAAUAUUUUAUGAUUUAUCUGAACGAGAACAGGAAAACCAAACAAAGCUUAUCAAAACUGAAUUUAAACGGGAGACACAAAGGCACACAAAUGAUUACUUGGAAUGGUAUCCGAAUUAAAUGAUUUCGAAUCAAUACUGAAUCUUCUUUGAACGUCAUCAAAAACCGUGACAUUGUGUGUACCGACCGAGUGGAUUUCUUAUCGUUGCGAAACGAAGUUUUUGCAAGCGUUGCACACAACAGAAUUUAACAACAACAAAAAAGAAACAGUGAUAACAUACUAAAGAAUGGAAUAAUACGAAAAUCGACGACGACGAAUAAUAACGAACGCACUGAAAAGAACAAUUCUUUGUACAAAGCAAUCAAGUACCCCGAGCAAAAAAGAUCGCGGAAAAAAAGAGACUGAAAAAAAGACUAAAAAGACAAAAACUUUGGAAGCGAAAGAGCAAACUACGAUAAAAAAUAAAUAAAUAUAAAAGCCCCGAAUAUAAAUUAAUUACUGUUCAAAUAAUGACAAACUAACAAGUGAGCAAUACGCUGGGCGAAAGUGCACUGUGCUUCUGCUUAUAUUGUGGAAAUUGUUAAAGGAACAAAUCGUAAACAUGUUUGAAGUGCGCAUAAUUUUGCUGUGUUUGCCUUCCAUCCUAUUGGCAUCAACAGUAAACGAGACAAAGUCGAUUUUAACCGACGGAGAUUGGAAGAAGCUAUGGAUGGAGGCGGGUAAUUCCAAUGCGAAUUUAAAGAAAGACAACUCAAUUGAUUCCAGUGAUAGUCCAAUUUUUGAUGACACUGAGAUGAUGGCUCACAAUACGACCGUACAACUAGGAGGGAACGCGUUUUUAAUGUGUAAAGUUGCCGGCGUCGAUAGAGUGGGUGUUAAUUGGAAUCAAAUAUCGUGGAUUCGACGAAGAGACUGGCAUAUAUUGUCUUCGGGGGCCCAAAUGUACACGAACGAUGAGAGGUUUGCCAUAUUACAUACACCUGGCUCGAAUACGUGGACACUGCAAAUAAAAUUCGUUCAGCGUCGCGAUCACGGCAUGUAUGAAUGUCAAGUUUCCACAUCGACAGGAGUUAUAUCGCAUUUCGUAAAUCUGCAAGUUGUUGUUCCUGAAGCAUUCAUCCUGGGAUCUGGCGAAUUGCAUGUUGAUAUGGGAUCAACAAUUAAUUUAGUUUGCAUAAUCGAAAAGAGUCCAACACCGCCGCAAUACGUAUAUUGGCAGAAGAACGACAGGAUGAUUAACUACGAUGAUUCACGUAGGGACAUUACUAUAGAUACAAUACCGGGCCUUAGAACACAAAGCCGCUUAAUUAUACGUGAGCCACAAAUAUCGGACUCGGGAAAUUAUACUUGCAGCGCAUCCAACACAGAGCCAGCAUCGAUAUAUGUGUUCGUCUCAAAAGGAGACAAUAUGGCUGCUAUAUCCAGACGAAAGCCAAUAACGGGAACAAAUUCUGCUGCUCAACUGAAAUACUUCAUUGAAAAUUUAUACGUUUCAAGUGCACUGCUCAAUGUACUGAUAUUCAGAUUCUGGUAAUGCACUUGAAUGAAAUCAUGCGAAUCUCCGUUACGUGUACCAAGAUUCAACCAAGAUAUUAAAUAAUAAAAAUAGUAUCAAAUUUUAGAUUAAAUUUAGUUUCUAAGUUUCAAAUGAAGAUAAACAAGUGAAAAUGGAACACUUUUAUGUAAAAAUUCAGACAAACAAAAAGAAAAACAACCAAAAUAAAUAAAUUGAGAGAUGAACAAUUUCAUCGUUUCUAAACCAAAAACUAAAAAACAUACCGAAAAGGUGAAUGUGGAGCAAAAUUAAGCAGAUGAUUUUUUUUUAUUGUUAUAUAUAAAUUAUUGUAUAUGAAUUAAUUUAUUGAUCUCUAUUUUUCCGAAACCAAAAACAAACAAAAAAAAACACGAAAAAAAAAACUCUAAUUUAUUGAUAAUUGUGAAAAUUAAACACAUACCUUUACCAUCCAGACUAUUGGGUUCAAAACAUAACACAGAAGAAAAAAAAAACUUUUAUGAGAAUGUUGUAGUUUUUUUCUGCAUAUAAACCUUUCGAUUUCUCGAAAGGCAAAAUAACGAUGAGACAGAAGAUAACAUGGACAGCACCGAGGACGCACCAGAAAUCGGAUGGAGACUGCAAGGAGUGAGAAGUUCUAAGUUUAAAAUAUACGGUUGGCUUUAAUGACAACAAAUUAUAACAAUUCGUUAUACUAGUGAAUGAAGAUAAAUGGUCACACAAAGUUUCUCAUAGAGAAGAGUAAAGAAAAACAAAUUUAUUGUAACAAAUUCUACAUAUAUAUUGAAAAUUUAUUUAUACAAUGUAGCCAAUAAUGAGCAUCAGAGUCAGAGAAACAAGAUGAUAAAACAGAAACACAAAGAAACUCUGAACGUUUACUCUUUGUUACAUCAUUCAACUUAUGAUGAAAGACACUGCAUUUAGAAAUUAAAAUCUUGUCCAUUUCUCAUUGAAUAAUUGCGUUAGAAUGAUCGGUCAAACAGAGAGAUACACUCACUUCCACACACACUCACUCACACACAAACACAUACACCGCCGGAAAUUCCAUAUGCAUUCUAGUGUACCUGACCAACACUAAUUGGAUACAUUCGGCUGGAAGAAAAUUUAUAGCGAAAAAAAAGACUUUUCGCUGCAUCUAAGACCAUCUAAAUACAUUCCAUCAAACAAUUUCUAUAGUCGAACAGUGGUUGUAUUCAACGUUCAUUUAAGUUAUGUUCAUAUAAUAAGAAGCAAUAAGUUGAAAAUAUAUAUAUAGAGGAGAAAAAAAAAAGAAAUAUAUAAAAAUAUAUAAAUAUAUAUACACAUGAUGAUGAUGUAUCUAUUCACAACUGGAGCAGUUGGAAUGUGAAUAAAAAAAAAGCAAGUGUUUUUGACUAUUAUCGUUUCGAAAGACUGAGUUAUCAAGAGAAAAUAACACAACAAAAAAUGAAGAAUAUUUUUUAUUAUCAAAAUAAUGUGAAUGGCCGAAGGCUAUUGGAUGCUCGUAAUUUUUAUCGGACAUUCGUAUUAUAUCGAUGUAUAACAUGAUGAUUGUUCUCUCGUUUUCCACCCUCCCUCCCUCUCUCUCUGUCUUCUGUUUUGCAUUAAGUCCAUGCGUUAUUAUCAUUAAAAAUGUUUUAUUUAUUGAUUCAAAUAAAUAUUUACACACGCCGAAUGAAUCAAAUUAUGGAUAUUUUCCACAUACCAUUGCCAUCAUAUAUAUUUAUGUACAAAAUGUUUUUGUGAAAAUGUCCUAACUAUUUUCCACUGCCUGCCCCGACCGAAUCAACGAAGCAUACACAUUUGUAUUCAUUCGCAUUCGAAUUCGAAUUCGAAUUCGAAUUCGAAUUCGUAAAUACGACAACACCUAGGGGGAUUUCUCAACCAAAAAGUUUGAGCAAAUGUGCAAAAAUUUCUAUUAUUUCUUCUUUUUUAUUGAAAUUGUAUGAAAAUGUACUGAAAUGACGAUUUUGCUUGAAUAAAAGUGUUGUGGAAGUGGGUUUUGGAGGAUCCUCAGGAUGGACCAGAUCCGGUUUGAAAUUGCCCUGGCCCAUCCUGAAGAUCCACUUCCAGAACCGGGAGCAGUUCUGAACGAUCCUUGAGAUCCACCAAAACCCAAUUCCAGAACAAUUUCAUUGAAGCAUAAUUCAAAAGCUCAGUGUAAAUGUAAUUUACACGAAUUGACAAAAAUUGAUCGAAUCGGACCGAAUUGAAGAAAUUUUUCAAAAUUUAUAAGAAUUCAUUCAUUUUAUUCGUGAGAAAUCCCCCUAGGAGAACACAUAUAAAAUGAACACAUGAACACAUCCAUACUUAACUAAACACAUACAUAACAUCCAUUGAUUCCAUGAGAAAAAUGAAAAAGGGCCAAGCCACAAAAACAAAGACGAUGAAGAAGAAGAGAUAGACAAAUAGACCCAUACUCGAAAAUUACAGGUUCACAAAAACACCAACUAAUAUGAUGAUUGUACAUGAAAAAUGGCGAUUCGUUCGGUACGAUGACUGUCCUUUUUUCCCCUUAUACGGCAAACCUAUCGCAUUGAAACCCAAUUGCCAUCAAAGCUAAAAAGAAAAAUGGAUUUAAUCAUCUGAACAAGUUUGAGAAUGAUGAUCAUACCAACGACCAACGAUUAGUCAACUUUUCUCAAAAUGAAUGAAAGAAAAAAAAUGUUCUGACACCGCAGUCAAUGAGAGAGUAUGUCGAAUGUAGUGUUCCGUGUCUGUAUGCCUGUGGAUUGCAACAACAUAGCUUACAUGCUAACAACAACAACGACAUCAACAGCAGCAACAGCACACAAACAAGACAUACAAACCAACACGCUAUUAUACUGUCGUCUCAUCGGAUGUGUGGCCAGGUUAGUCAAGGAAAAAAAAAAUCUGUAGGAACUUUGAUAAGCUUAAAAGUUAUAAGCGUAAAUCCUAUUAAAAGACGUAGGAAAAUGUUUAUAACACGUACGAAAAUGUUAAGACAUACACACAAAAAAACAUAGACAAAAACAAGAAAAAGAACAGAUCAAAGAAAAUAAUAAGAAGACAAAAAAAAGAAUCGUAUGAUACAUCUCACUUAACAAACAUACAUAUUUACGAUAAAAAUGACAUUUUAGCGAAAUUAAAGUAACAUGAAUUAAUUUGAUGAUGAGGAAGAGAAAGAAGAAGAAAUACAUACAAAACCCAUUUAAUUGAAUGAUGACAUGUACGAAAGAAGAAGAAAAAAAUGAACAUUGUUUUUAGCGAAUUAUAAACAUACGAGCAAAAAAGGUCGGAUUUAUUAAAAUAAUUGAAUGAGAGAAGAGAAAUAAAAUCAUUUAAACAAAAUGUAUAAGUAAAUAGUCGUUUAAAAGCAUACACUAACAAUCAGUCGACAUAAUUUCAUUAGUAUAAAACCCCAAAAAUGCAUGUAUGUAUGAGAAAAUAAGUUGAACAAAAAAAACAAA